CCGGAAAAAACGAAGAACAACUCCACAAGAAAGUCCCAACGCCAACGCGGAAGGAUUCCAAUUCAAACUCUCCAAAUCUCUCUCAGUUUCGGCCACACUCGAAAUCCAAAUCAUUUCUCAGAAACAAUCCCUUUCCUCCAUUAACACCCUCUCGAUUUUUCCCAAGAAAAGCAUCUCAAUCUUCCCCUAUAUCUCUCCCCCGAUGUCUCCUCUCCAUCACCCUUCCAAUUUCCCCCUUCUCUCCAAUUUCUCCCUCCAAUGGCCGCCCAACAGCCCGCCGCCUUCACGCCCGCCGCCUUCUCCAAGUACUCCAAGCGGGUUCUUCUCAAAUCUGUACUGGAGAGCGCCGACGGCGGCCUGGGGUUUGUCGAUCAGAAAUUGGUCGUUGGAGGGUGGGUGAAGUCCUCCAAGGAAGUCGUCAGAGACACUGCGCGGCCGCCGCCGGACUCUGGGGCGGCGGUUGAAGCGCUGCCGCCGCCGCCUAGGGCUAAGGAUGUGAGCUGCAUUGAGAUUAUUCAAUCGCGGAUCCCCAUUGUCAGGUCUUUGCUUAGGAUUCUGUAUGGAAAUAGUUUCCAUGCUGGUGAGAAGUUGGAGACGCCUGUUCAUAAACCGCCGCUCCCUUCUAUUGCUUUUCUGGCUGUUAAUGAUGGUUCUUGUGUUGCAAGUCUGCAGGUUGUUGUUGAGUCCUCGUUACAUCACCCCAGCCAGCUGAUGCCAACGGGAACUUGCAUCCUGGUGGAAGGAAUAUUGAAGCGGGAAUCGGUACCUGGGAAACAUGUUGUUCGGCUUGAAGUAGACAAAAUCCUUCAUGUAGGGAAGGUUGAACAGGAAAAGUAUCCAUUAUCCAAGAAAAGAAUGCCAAUGGAUAUUUUGAGGAAAUUUUCUUAUUUUCGUCCUCGAACAACUACGGUAGCAUCCGUUAUGAGAAUCCGUAAUGCCUUGACUUUUUCGACUCACACCUUCUUCCAAAAUCACGGCUUUCUUUACGUGCAAUUGCCCACCAUCACGACCACAGACAGUGAGGGAUUCAGUGAAAAGUUCCAGGUUACAACACUGAUUGGUAAAGCAGGUAAUAAAGUAGAACCAACAGAAGAUAAAGAAACUGAUGGUGUAAGUCUUGAAACUGUUAAGGCUGCUGUUAUGGAGAAAAGUAAACUCGUCAAAGAGCUUGAGAGAAGCGAAAGCAACAAGGAAGCAUUGCUUGCUGCUGUUAAGGAUUUAGAGAAAACAAAUGAACUUGCAUUACAGUUAGAAGCCAGAGAAAAAUUGAAAUCCAAGUCAAAGAAAGAUAAAGUGAACUUCUCUGAAAAUUUCUUCUCGCAAGAAACUUAUCUAACGGUUUCUGGACAACUCCAUCUGGAGAGUUAUGCGUGUGCUCUUGGCAAUGUUUACUCAUGUGGACCAAGGUUUCGAGCAGAUAAAAUUGAGUCUCCAAAACAUGCAGCCGAAAUGUGGAUGGUGGAGGUUGAAAUUGCUUUUGCUCAACUAGAGAAUGCCAUGACCUGUGCUGAUGACCUUGUAAAGUUCCUCUCCAAGUGGGUAUUGGAGCACUGUUUGGACGAUAUGAAAUUCGUGCAAAAACGAAUUGACAAGACGAGCAUUCAACGCCUUGAAUCGUUUAUCUCCAGUUCAUUCGAGAAGAUCUCUUACACUGCAGCUAUAGAAAUUCUGGGAAAGGCCACCGAUCAAAAAUCUCAACAUUUGAAAAAGCUUGAAUUUGGAGCUGCUUUAACCGCUGAUCAUCUCAGUUAUCUGGCUGAUGAGAUCUAUAAAAAACCUGUGAUAUUCUAUGGCUACCCAAAAGAAACCAAGCCUUUUAAUGUGCGUCUGAAUGAUGAUGGGAAAACAGUUGCAGCAUUUGAUGUGGUUCUACCAAAGGCAGGAGUAGUAAUUUCUGGCAGCCAAAAGGAGGAGCGUAUUGAUAUCUUGAUGAAACGGAUGAGGGAGAUGGGACUGCCGAGGGAGCAGCACGAGUGGUACAUGGAGAUUCAGAGGCAUGGAACAGUGAAGCACUCUGGUUUCAGUCUGGCAUUUGAUCGUUUCGUUCUGUUCACAACCGGUCUCACUGACAUCAAAGAUGUUAUUCCAUUUCCAAGAAGUUUAGGAAAUGCCAGCAAUUGAAUCGAGUUAGAGGGUGAAAUCGUCCAAAAAUGUUUCCCGAGCAACCUGUGAAACCUGUGUUUAUUUGGAUAUUUGUAUUUGCUUGUUGCUAAGAUUUGUUCUUGUAAAUAAAAGAAUUUGAAAUCAAAUUGAUCUUUCUUUUCCAAAAAAA